UGAUUUAUUUAUUUUCUGUUUUAUGGUCUUUAGUGUUAAUUAAUUUAUUUUGGAGCUGAGAAAAUGUUUUUAGGAUUAAGUGAUUUUAGUGAUGAAUUAAAUGAAACAAUUAAAAAUGUUCGAACACAUUUUGAGGAUACAAUUAAAAGGGGUUUAAUUAAUGCUGAAAUUCAAAAAACAUACAUAAAACGUAACAAUUCAAAUGAGAAAAUCAGUCAACAUCAUUCAAAUGGUAAUAAUGCUGUUACAACCGCUAUCAAUGAAACACCAAAUGGAGAUGAUAAUAAAGAUAUUACAUCAUCAUCAUCGUCACCAUCGUCACCAUUAUUCUUCAAUAAAACAUUGGUACACCUACAUAAUCAAGAAUUAAAUUCGAUAUCUACACCUGCUACACCAACACCAUUUAAUAUUGAACAUGUCUCAUUUCGUGUGGAUGAAAAUACAAAUGUAUCAUUAAAGAAUAUUCAUCUGUUGUCAAUGCUUGAUAUGCGUGUAACGCAUUUAAAUGCUGAUAUGAAGACAAUGUCAAUGCCUGUUGAAAUUAAUUUGGGUACUGUACGUUUGAAGAGUCAUUAUGAAGCAACUAAUGAAGCACUUGCACGAUUACUGCCUGUUUCAACUGAAGGACAACUCAUGGUCACCAUGGAAAAUAUGAAAACGCGAGGCAUUAUUGGAUUACAUAUUCAUGGAGAUUACUUUGUACCAACAUUUUAUGAUCCUAAAUAUACAAUGCAAGAAAUAAAUAUUCGGGUGGAAUAUCCAACUACUACUACAACAGCUGGAAUAGGAGGAGUUGGAGGUGGUGGAGGAACACAUUCAGUCGUUAGUGAAAUUACUUCAAAUGAUAUACAAAAUACAAUUGUAAGAGUAUUUUGGAAACAAUUGGUGUGUUUAUUCAAUAAUGCUAUAACACAACAGUUUGAAGAUGUUCUUAAGGAAAUAUCAAUAACGGAAUUAUUACCAAAUGAACAAACAUCGGAUGUGGAUAUUGUUAACGAACUGAGAAUGUAUUCCAUGAAUAUAACAACAAUUGCAAAUAAUAUCAUUGAUGCCAUACUGAAUGAGACACGUUCAAUUGUUGCUAAACAUAUAACAACAGCAAAUACAUCAACAUACUUCUCAAGAAAAUCAUUACGUGGUCGUUGUCAACAAUGGGGUGCUUUUCAAACAUCACGUGGUCUAUUAACAAAUAUAAAUCAAUUACAACGUAAAUGUAAUUCAUGUGUGACAAAUAAAAAUAUACCAUUGGAUGUAAUUAACAAUAAUAAUAAUAAUAUUGUAACGAAUGGAACAAAUGGUAAAAGAAAAACUGUUAAUUACUCUGUAUUAGUUAAUGAACAAAUCGAAGAAAUGGAUAGCUCACGGGAUAAAAAUAUUACAAUGACUGAUAUAUACGUUUAUUCAAUUGUUUAUUUUAAAGAAUUAAAGCUUACAUAUGACGAUUAUAAAAUAAUUUACCCAAAUACAAUAGCAAAUGGUAAAGUAACAAUGGUUUAUGGUCAGAAUACAUCAAUAAUAAAACUUCAAUUAGGAAUAGAUUCAUCAAAUUAUGUGAUUCCUAGAAUUAAAAAUUUUAUUUAUCUACAAAGUAGACCAACUGAAGUCGAUGUCACUGGACUAGGAUCAUUAAAUAAUCUUGUACCAGAUAUCUCAAAUUGGUCAUUAGGAAUAUUUUGUGAACGUAUUGUACCAAAAUUAGAAUUAGAAGUAAUUCGUUCAUUACGAAAAGCAUCCCAAAAUACAGUUCUUAGUGGAAUCAAUUUAUCUUCUGAUAAUAAAAAUAGUUGA